UUAAUGAAGCCUGCUUCCUCGCCGACGCCUGUCUUCUCCGAAAAGAGAAGCAAAGGCACCUCGCCACCUCCAUCCUUCCUCCGCCAUCGCCACCGCUUCUCCUCCUUGGUUCUCCGUGCUACGCCACCAAACCCACCCAAAAUUAGUCAAAUCGAUCUCGUAAACCGAAUUGCUCCUCCAGAUCCCAGCAGGCCGCCGAUCUGAUGCACGCGCACGCGGCAUCCAGAUCCCUCUCUCUCCUCGCUCUCCAUUUCCGGAUUCCAAAUCCCUCGGCGCUGCUCUGAUUUUGCUCUGGUUGGGCCGGAACUCAGCGGCGAUGCGGUGGAAUCUUAACACCUCUGCGUACAAGCGCGUGUCGUCCAGGGACGCUGCCAUGGAUCCCGAUGUCGAGAUGCCAGUGAAGUUGGCGGAUGGCGGCGGCGCUGGCCCGUCGUGGCGCAUGUCGCUGCCGCACGUGUGCGUCGCCACGCUCACCUCCUUCCUCUUUGGUUACCACACCGGGGUGGUGAACGAGCCGCUGGAGAGCAUCUCCGCGGACCUUGGCUUCGCUGGGAACACGCUUGCUGAAGGGCUCGUGGUGAGCAUAUGCUUGGGGGGAGCAUUCGUUGGCUGCCUGUUUAGUGGUUCCGUUGCUGAUGGGAUCGGGCGCCGGCGCGCCUUUCAGCUUAGUGCACUGCCCAUGAUAGUUGGUGCUGCCAUAAGUGCUCUCACCAAUAGUCUGGAGGGUAUGCUCUUUGGAAGACUCUUGGUUGGAAUAGGAAUGGGGUUGGGUCCACCGGUGGCUGCACUCUAUAUAACAGAGGUUUCUCCCCCCUCUGUGAGGGGUACAUAUGGAAGCUUUGUUCAGAUUGCGACCUGUCUUGGAAUCUUAUUUUCUCUGCUAGUUGGCACACCUGUCAAGGACAUCGAUAGAUGGUGGAGAGUGUGUUUCUGGGUUUCAGCUGUCCCAGCAGCUUUACAAGCUAUUGGUAUGGAGUUCUGUGCUGAGAGCCCCCAGUGGCUAUAUAAGUGCGGAAGAACAAGUGAAGCAGAAAUGCAAUUCGAGAAGCUUCUAGGUCCUCUUCACGUAAAAUCUGCUAUGGCAGAACUAUCUCGAUCUGAAAGAGGAGAUGAUGGAGAAAAUGUGAAGUACUCAGAGUUGUUUUAUGGGCGCCAUUUUAACGUUGUUUUUAUUGGCACAACGCUCUUUGCUUUACAACAGUUAUCGGGCAUAAAUUCUGUGUUCUAUUUCUCAUCAACUGUGUUUAGAAGCGUGGGGGUUCCCUCUAGCUUUGCCAAUAUAUGCAUGGGGAUUGCAAAUUUAGCAGGUUCAAUUGUAGCAAUGCUUCUAAUGGACAAACUAGGCAGAAAAGUGCUUCUUUCAGGAAGCUUCCUUGGCAUGGCCUUCUCAAUGGGACUUCAGGCUAUUGGAGCAAAUCGUCACCACCUUGGUUCUGCAAGCGUGUAUCUUUCGGUUGGUGGCAUACUGUUGUUUGUCCUGUCAUUUUCACUGGGAGCAGGGCCAGUUCCAGGACUUCUUUUGCCUGAGAUUUUCCCAAACAAAAUUCGGGCCAAAGCUAUGGCUCUAUGCAUGUCUGUGCAUUGGGUCUUUAACUUCUUUGUUAGUUUGUUGUUCUUGCGACUUCUGGAGCAACUUGGUCCGCAAGUUCUGUACACAAUAUUUUCAUCAGUUUGCGUGGUAGCAGCGGUAUUUGUUCGGCGCCAUGUGAUUGAAACAAAGGGAAAAACUUUGCAAGAGAUAGAAGUAUCACUCUUACAACCACAAUAAAGGCGGUGCUACUGUCAUUGCAGGUCUUAUCUGGGCGAUAUCUUUUUUGGCAUCACUGGAAUUUGACAAUAUAUUGUUGCUGAAUACCAGGUCUAUUCCCUGAUCAAGUAAUCUGGCCAUCUGUUAUGGACAGAAUUCCCUACCCUGGUCUCAGGGAAGUUGCCAGCCAUGCACCUGUGACCAUUAGAGCGGCAUACUAGUUUACGCAUACAAGAUCGAUACGAAGUUCUUGUCUGUAUAGGCAUAUAGUUUGUGCUAUGUGAAUCUGUGCUGUUUUCUUGUUUAACUGUUCAAUAGUAAGAGAAACUGGAAUCUAGUUACCGAUGAGCACUGUUGAAACGAAUGUACCCUUGGGAAUAAAAACACUGGGACGCCUCGUCAGAUCUUAUGUAUUCUAGUUUCUACCUGGUUUUGCUUUGCCCAGUUGUAUGAAAAUUCAGAGCUACUUACCUUUUUGUUCAA